GAAAAUGGCACGAAGAUGACUGUCGCCAGUCGAGCCGCUCAGAGCGGGACACGAACAUGGACCCACAGGACUUGAGAGACUACAGAACGUGUAAAACCGCAAGCACACAGCAAGAUCCCGCGUCUUUACGCGUUAAAGGCCUUUAAAAGCGUGCUAGACACAAUGCCUCCGUUGGACGGGUUCUCGAACAACCCUUUCAAGACACACGCCGACUUUAAGAAGGCAGCGAUAGCUCUCCUCCGCGCAUUGAAGCCGUAUCAAUCACCCCACGGUGCCCGAAUCAAACUCCCGUUGGUGACUGGUACUCACUUCGACGAUGUCGCAGCCCAGCUCGAAGGCUAUGCUCGGCCACUAUGGGCAGUCGGCACGCUCAUGCACUCAAACAUCGUCUCCGCAGACGAGUACAACGAGCUCAUCGAGCCCUACGCCACAGGUCUAGCCAACGGAACCGAUCCAAACCAUGCCGAAUACUGGGGCCCAGUCGUACUUCGAGACCAAAGAAUGGUCGAGAUGGAAAUCAUUUCGUUCGCAUUACUAGCAGCACCAGACACCAUGUUCCAUUCGCAGACCGAAGAAGCGAAGAAAAACAUCACGAAGUGGCUGGAGACCAUCAAUGGAAAGGACUUUCCUACCACAAAUUGGCUCUGGUUCCGCGUCAUGACUAACCUCGCGCUGAUCAAAGUAUGUGGCGCACCCAAGGACAACGCGCUCGAUGCCAUGAAGGCGGAUCUGGAUCUCAUGGAGCAAUUCUACCUAGGUGAGGGUUGGUCAGCCGACGGAAUAUGGAGUGAUGAGGGAAGGCAGGCAGACUACUAUUCUGGAAGUUUUGCUAUACAGUUUUCUCAGCUCAUAUAUGUGAAGAUGGCAAGUGACUUGGAUCCAGAGCGAUGCGCAAGGUUCCGGGGCCGAGCAAAGGAGUUCGCCAAGUCGUUUUGGCGAUAUUUUGAUACUAAUGGUGCUGCGAUACCUUUUGGCCGAAGUUUGACAUAUCGAUUCGCAUUCGCUGGGUUCUGGUCAGCCGCGGCUUUCGCAGAGUUGGAACUACCAGUACCGCCAAUAAGAGAAUGGUGUGACGUCAAAGGUCUUCUCCUUCGGCACUUUCGAUGGUGGAGCACUAAAGAUGACAUGUUCAACAUGGACGGUACCUUGACAAUCGGCUUCACCUACCCAAACAUGUACAUGAGCGAAGAUUACAACAGCCCACAGUCUCCAUAUUGGGCUCUGAAGUCAUUCCUGGCACUGGGGUUGCCAGAAGACCAUCUGUUCUGGACUUCGAAGGAGAGACGCUUGCCCUAUGGUGGUCCGUGGAAUAUCAUGCCCAUCAAACCGCCAAUGCACAUCCUCUGCAGUCAGCCAAACCACCACUUCCUCCUCUCGGCGGGACAGUUUUGUCCCUGGCCCCUCAAAGCGACGGAAGCAAAAUAUGGAAAAUAUGCAUACUCUUCGCACUUUGGCUUCAGCGUGCCUACUGGUUCGUUGAUACAACAAAUCGCGCCAGACAGCACCCUCGCACUGAGUAAAGACGACGGCGAGACCUGGCGAGUACCGUGGAAAGUCACAAAUCAUGGCUUCGUUGAUGUGUCUAUAGAACGCAAGCUCACGUCCUGGUCGAGGAGAACCUGCCUUACGAGUACAUGGAAGCCUUGGGCCGACGCGGACAUUUCUGUAUCAACUCACAUCAUUCCACCUUGUGAACAAUGGCCAGACUGGUACUUCCGCUGGCACCGCAUCACCAACAACGGAUCUAAUGCGGUAAAGAUCCACGCCGUGCAAGGCGGCUUUGCAAUCCAAGGCCGCGGCCACCAACACGGCGAAGUUCUGCCCACCCACGCGCACGCCUCUGGCCUCUCUUCUUCCUCAUCCACUCACAACGGCCAGCCUUUCCCCGAAGGCGUGGUAACGACUCAGGACUCUGCACUCAUCUGCUCCAAUGCUGGCGCUAGCGGUAUCGCUAUCCUUGGUUCUCGCAUCCACGACGAACGACUGCUUGCGAACUCACAAGCCGAAAUACUGAAACCAGACGCGAAUACGAAUCUAGUGUGGCAGCGUACUCUCAUACCCGUCAUCAAGAGCGAGCUGAUCGUCCCUCCAAGUACCUCAGGGAAACCAUGUUAUGAGUUCGGCAGUGCGGUUUUCGCGCUAGCUAGAACGGCGGAUAGAGAGGAGCGGUACGCGAGACUAGAUAUCAGUAAGCUGUGGACAGAAGCACCGAAUCUGAAUAUUGGAACGGAGAAGGAUGGCUACAAAGACAAAGAAUGGUAUCUUCGAUUCAUGUAAAUGUAUGAUGUAGAGACGAACGUUAUGGUGUAGUAGGUAGUCACGUGAGAUCGGGAAGCCGAGGAGUAUAUUGGGAGCCAGAAAGCAAGCUUGCGAUCCUCACAGGUUGCCCACCCACCUUCGAUAGCUAUAAAAAUCAAUUCACUAUGCCUACCUAUCCCCGAUUGCGAGUCGAGCUUAACCCUCCUGUACAUGUGCAUCCCGCUGUGCUACAAUGUAUAUAUACACCAUAACCGGCUUCCUUACAUCUACACCGCCCACAACCGUUUUACUAUUCGCGCCUAGCUAGAUGGAAAGAUACGAUGCAACAUGAAGCAUCGACGACGUAUUAGUGAUGGUCAGAUAUACCAAACCAAGCCCCUAGCUCUAGCAAAGCUAUUCAAUGAGUUCAAAGUAAAGGAAUCACAAAUCACAUUGGACAUCAUAA